AUGCAGAGAUUGAGCAUGAGAAUCUCCGCCAUGCUGCUGUUGCUGCAAGAUCUCUUUGUCCUGUCAUUUUGCUUCAUGACUCCUCCGCUACUCAUGCCAAAGCUUCGCUCAAACCUUGCCAUGCCCUGCAAGGAGGGGCAUGCAUCGUCCAUCAAGCUCGCCAUGGUGGCGCCAGGGCAGCAGAAAGUCCAAGUUCGGUCCUGGGAGCAGUCAUGGCUGCAGUUGGUGGACUGGGCAGAGAAGGAGAAAAUCAAGUGGUCAGGUUUUAAGCUUCUGCAGCAGCAGCUCCUCCUCUCCUUUCAUUUUCCAAAGUCUGGCUCGCAGGUAGAUGACGUUGGUGGCUAUCGUGGAGCUAUCGCAACGAGGUCAUUGAAGGAAGAGGACGUCAUCGUUGUCUCUCCUCGAGAGUCAACUCUUCUUGUCCAGGAACAUGACGAGUGUCCUUUCCCGCCGGACUUCCUCGACCCUCAGUACUGGGACGAAAUCCACGAGUACUGGAACCUGAGAAUGGCGUUACGGCUGAUCUACGAGAAGAGGAGAGGAGAGGAGAGCAAGUGGUACCAAUACAUUCAGAUCCUACCAACGAACUUCGACGUUCCUCUGCUAUUUUCGCAGGACGAGCUGAAAGAGCUGCAGGAUCCUCUUUUUAUCCAUGAGGUCGAAAUAGAGCAGAAAUAUUUCGAGUACGAGAGGAGGAGAAUGGCGGACUUUAUGCCCCUCCCUCCCUCCAAAGAGGAACUUGGAUGGGCCCUCGCCUGUGCGGGAAGCAGGACGUUCACAGCCGACUUUGGGGAUGGGAGACCUGUAGGUCAGUGCAUGUGCCCGAUCGCGGAUAUGGUGAACCAUGAAGAUGUAAGGAGGGAGGAGGGAGAGGAAAGGCGAUGA